UCCUCGCUUUAUCCAAGAAAAUACCAAGAAGAAGAAAAAACUCCAUUGUAGUUUUCUCAUGGCGAGAACAAGAAACUCAAACAUGAAGAACUGCCUCAUCACGUUAAACCAAUCACCGCCAUUCCUCCAUUUCCUUCCGGUUUUCCCCAUUGCUUCAUUCCUCUUCUCCCCCAUGAAAACCCCGAGAAACCCGCCAAGCUUCCUCGUCUUCUUCUCCAUUUCCCUCCUCUUUUCCCUCACUUUCCUUCUAGGAAUCGCCCUUCUCACUUUCCUCCACUCUCACCACUACCACCCACCUUGCUCCGUCUUCCCUCCGUCCUCGCCGCUCGACGACGUGGAGGCGCCGAGGCUGUCGCGCAGCGCGAUGGUGCCGCUUCCGGCGCACGGCGACACGGGGGCGAAUAUUUCGGAGGUGGAGAGGGAGUUCUGGAGGCAGCCUGAUGGGGACGGGUACCGGCCGUGCUUGGAGUUCGGGAUCGGGUACCGGAGAGCGUCGGCGAGGAUUUCCAAGGAGAGGAGGAGAUUCCUGGUGGUUGUGGCGGCCGGGGGACUUAACCAGCAGAGGAACCAGAUUGCUGAUGCUGUUGUCAUUGCCCGGAUUCUUGAGGCUGCUUUGGUUGUCCCCAUUUUACAAGUCAAUCUCAUUUGGGGAGAUGAGAGUGAAUUUUCGGACAUUUUUGAUGCUGAACAUUUCAAGAGGACCUUACAAGCUGAUAUUCGAGUUGUGUCGACGAUUCCUUCGACGCAUUUGUUCGGAAGACAAUCUAUCCGUUCCAAGAUUCCUAAGGACAUUACUCCACAAUGGAUUCAUGCCAGAUUCUUCAAUCAACUCAGUAGAGAUGGACUUCUUGUACUAAAAGGGUUAGAUUCUAAGCUCACAAAGAAUCUUCCUUCUGAUUUACAGAAGCUUAAAUGUAAGGUAGCUUUUCAUGCACUAAGAUUUGCAGCCCCAAUUCACGAGCUCGGGAAUCAACUGGCAAAGAGAAUGUGGAUUGAAGGUCCCUACAUUGCCCUCCAUCUCCGGCUAGAGAAGGAUGUGUGGGUCAGAACCGGUUGCCUCACCGGUCUAGGCCCCGAGUACGACGACGUCAUAACCAAGGUUCGGGAAUCUCAGCCCGAGUUCCUUACUGGAACCUUAAACAUGAGCUACGCUCAGCGGCGGCUUGCCGGAUUAUGCCCCCUUAAUGCAUUAGAAAUGGCAAGGCUCUUGAAGGCUCUAGGCGCACCACGAACUACACGGAUAUACAACGCCGGUGGAGAGCCAUUUGGUGGCAGCAAGGCCCUGCAACCACUCAUUGCAGAGUUCCCAAAUUUAGUGACAAAGGAGAUGCUUGCGCGGGAUGGUGAACUCUCUCCCUUCGCCAACAAGUCCUCUGCUUUGGCCGCUAUCGACUACAUUGUCUCGCUCAGCAGCGACGUCUUUGUGCCUUCGCAUGGCGGAAACAUGGGACGCGCCUUGCAGGGUCACCGUGCCUAUGUUGGCCACAGAAAGUAUAUAAAGCCGAACAAGCGAGCGAUGCUGCCUUUCUUCGAGGAUGCCUCCGUUUCGGACGCGGAGUUCAGCACCAUCAUGAGGGAGCUGCACAGCAAGUCCCAGGGCCAGCCUGAGCUUAGGAAUUUUAGGAUAGACAGGGAUGUAAUUGCCUAUCCUGUCCCUGAGUGCAUGUGUAAACACCACAUAAGCUUUUUCUAAGCACUUCAACUUAGAACCCUUUACACCAAUUAGUACUUUUCUUUCAUAUUUUCUUUUGUAUAUCAUUUUGAGCUUAUUGUUGACAA